AUCUCUACAGUUUCCAUCUUAUCUUCACUAAUGGCUCGUACUAAGCAAACCGCUCGGAAAUCCACCGGAGGAAAAGCCCCAAGGAAGCAAUUAGCAACAAAAGCAGCACGAAAAUCAGCACCAGCUACCGGAGGAGUGAAGAAACCACACAGAUUCAGGCCAGGAACUGUUGCUCUUCGUGAAAUCAGAAAAUACCAAAAGAGUACUGAACUGUUGAUCCGUAAACUACCCUUUCAGCGAUUAGUUCGUGAAAUCGCUCAAGAUUUUAAAACUGAUUUAAGGUUUCAGAGUUCAGCAGUUGCAGCAUUACAAGAAGCAGCUGAAGCUUAUCUUGUUGGUUUGUUUGAAGAUACUAAUCUCUGUGCUAUUCAUGCUAAAAGGGUUACUAUUAUGCCUAAAGAUAUUCAACUUGCCAGGAGAAUCAGAGGUGAACGUGCUUAAACAGUCUUAAUCAGAGGAGAAUACGUGGUUUAGGUUUUAGAGUUUAUGGAUGAGUUUAGAUCUGUCUGUCUUUUGAUUUUGGGAUGUUGGAACUGUCUGUGUUCUCUAAACGAAUAUAAAUCACAGUAUUAUCUCUAUUUCUUAUCUGAUUUUAUUGUUUUACAUUCUAGCUUGAUGCUGUUCUAGAAAUCCCCCAAUUCCGAUUUGAAUAAAAUCGUAAUUGAAUCCCUAGUUUCAAUUGGAUUGAAACCCAAAAUCACUAGAUUAGUACCUAAUGGUAAUUCCUAUUUCCUACUAUUUAAUGGGUUUCUGUUGCUGCAGUCCCUUGGCAGUUCAACUGAUUGGUACUGAGGCAAUAGCGGUAGCUCAACAGUAUUAAAACCUGGAAAUUGGAUGCGAAGUUCCAAAAAUCCCAAUUGUAGGCUAUAUACAACGAUAAUACUGGGAUAUUAAGAGUUCAAAAUCUGCCGGAUUGGGAUUGGUUAAGCUGAGUAUUGUAGGGAAAAUGCAAAUAUAGUUGUUGAUAAGGAACAUGGAGACAGCCAAACUUGUUAAGGGGUGCAAUUGAACGAGUAAUGAAGCACAAAGUGAGG